UUUGCGCCUCGUUUUCAGUAUGUUUGCGCACCUUCGUCCACUCGUUUUAGUUGCCCUUUGUGGCCUAUUUCCAAGUUCCUUCGCAACGUUGGAACCUGAGUUAGAUGUCAAUAGUCAAGAUUCGAUUAAAAAUGCCACUCAGAUUCUUGCGAAGGCUAUAAUCCAGCGUUACAAUGACCGGCUUCCGGGGGAAGCACCCGGUCUCUUUGACGAGCCCAAUAUGGAUUUGCCGUAUGCCUUUGGGCAGACAGGCGCCGUCUGGGGUUCUCUCCUCGAAUACGGUCACCUGACCGGGGACUCCCAAUAUAAUGAGCUCGUAUCGAAAGCUCUCACCCACCAGUUGGGAACUAUGAACAACUUCAUGCCUCAGAACCAGACCAAAACGCUUGGUAACAAUGAUCAAGCUAGCUUUGGUAUCACUGCCGUCACUGCUGCCGAAGUCGGGCUGGCUGCUCCCGAGGGCGAGGCGGGCCAAUGGAUCGAUAUUGCCAGCAGGGUAUUUAACAAUCUGGUCGAACGCUGGGAUAUGCAGGCAUGCUCCGGUGGAUUGCAUUGGCAGAUUUUCCAGCUCAACAACGGAUAUCAGUACAUGAAUACCGACUCGGCCGCCAAUUUCUUCGUCUUAUCCGCACGCCUAGCCCAGUUUACGGGGAACAAAACGUAUUCUGAUUGGGCAGACAAGGUGUACCAGUGGACUGUGGAUCACAAGUUCAUAGAAGAUUUCAAAAUCUAUGACGGCGCAUCAGCCAUGCAAAAUUGUUCAAAGGUUGAACCACUACAAUGGACUUCCAACCACGGUCUUUUCACAGAAGGAGCCGCCGUCAUGUAUAACUUGACAAACGGCACCGAUAAGUGGAAGACUGUCGUAGAGGGUUUGACGGACAGCGUGGAUAUCUUCAUUGGUGACAACAAGGCACUCAUCGAGGUCGCGUGCGAGACACUAAACAACGACUGCGGACUUGACCAGGAUACGAUCCAAAACAAAACCAUGAACGAAGUACUAGAUGCUGUCGGAUGCGUGAACGCAGGAACGUGCAACUUGGACCAGCGAGCAUUCAAGGGAAUAGCAGCUCACUCUUAUUACCGCACUAUUCGAGUCGCACCCUUCACAUCCGAAAAGCUCCAGCCUAUACUAAGCACCUCUGCGAAAAUGGCGGAGACCAGUUGUGUGGGUCCGUUUACAAGCAGAAGUGAGAAUACGACCGACAAUGUAUCCUGCGCAUUCCAAUGGAAGAAGGGUGUACCGAAUGAUGUUCUCAGCAAUGUUGUCAAUGACCUGGGAGAGAUGCACAACGCGUUGGCGGUCGUGCAAGGGCUUUUGUGGCCACAAGCUAAGACUUUGGCUACUUCAAGCUCAUCUGUCGGUAGUGGAAGCUCGGGCUCAUCAUCAGACACACCGAAUGGUGCAGCGGGUUCCAACAAUGGCGAUGCGCCCAAGAACAAUGCUGUUGGUAGGGUGCAAGCUUCAUGGGGACUUCUCGCUCUCUUUGGAGGAUUCUUCCUGGUGGGAAUGUAA